UCCGCAGGUGCACAGUGUAACUGUGAUUCCUUCCUGACAGACUGAGGAGGGGCCAGAGCUGUGGCAAGCGGGUAAAACUGCUGCCUAUGGCGCUGGCAUCUCACACGGGCACCGGCUCAAGUUCUGGCUGCUCUACUUCGCAUCCAGCUCCCUGCUGAUGUGCCUGCGAAAGCAGUGGAAGAUGGCCAAAGUGCUGGGACCCUGCACCCACGUGGGAGACCUGGAAGAAACUCCUGGCUUCAGCCUGGCCCACCUCUGACCAUUGUGGUCAUUUGGGAAAUGAACCAGUGGGUGGAAGAUCUGUCUCUCUUUCUGUCUCUAACUCUGCCUUUCAAGUAAAUAAAUACAUCUCUCUCUCUCUCUCUUUCUCUCUCUCUCUCUCUCUCUCUCUCACACACACACACACACACACAUAUAAAUAAGUACAUCUUAAAAGAAAAAAGUAACAGAGAUCAGGGGACUCACUGGUUUUGUCCCGGGCGCAGUGCUGGGAAUCCGCACGGUGACAGUGAGCCAGGUCCUGGGGAUUUACGGGGUUGGUGGGAGAGAUGUUUCCAGAAAUGCGAGUGUGAGGCACAAGGGCGGGGUGCUGGGGCUAGGCUCCCCAGCAGGGCUGCUCGCAGUGCGUGUUGUCCCCACCCAUCCACUAGCCUGGGUCAUCCCAGAGCUCUCACCCUCACCCCCAAACUGCUUCACUAAGGUCCCCUGAACUCAGCCCACAUCUCUCUGUCAGCAGUGGGUGUCAGUGCCUCCACAUCUACCCAGAACCCGGUCACUUCUCACCACCUCGGUGCUGCCACCUCCAUGCCAGCCAGUACCUGCUCCCCUGUCACCCAGCCUGGUCUCCACCCAGACCCCCUGGCAGGUCCAUCUCGGCGCUCAAGCCACUUAUCUCCAUGCUCACAGGUGUGACAUAGCUGGAUAGCCCACCUGCACCCACGCCCUGCAUUGCACCUGCCAGAGCUGCUUCCGCCCCUCCUUGCUCCCGGCACGUCUUUGCCCAAACCCUUGCUCCUCCCCCAACCCCCCUUUCCACUCUUCCUUCAUAGCCAUGGAACUCGCUAAUGUAUCCUGUGUGCUGCUGUCCACCCCUCCCCCAAAUGGAAACUGCCUGUGGGUUUCACAGGCCUGCUCUACUCACCCUGUAAACGUUUGCCGAGUGUGUAUGUAGUGCACGUGUAGUAUGUGUGAGCAUGUAGUACACAUGUGGUAUGCAUGCAUGUAGCACAUAUGUAGUAUACAUGCAUGUAGCACAUGUGUAGUAUGCAUGUAUGUAGUGCAUAUGUAGUAUGCAUGAGUAUGUAGUGCACAUGUAGUAUGCAUGUAUGUAGUGCGUAAGUAGUAUGCAUGCAUGUAGCACAUAUGUAGUAUGCAUGUAGUGCAUGUGCAGUAUGCGUGAGUAUGUAGUGCAUGUGUAGUAUGCAGUGCACGUGUAGUAUGCAUGCAUGUAGUAAGUAGCAUGCAUGUAUGCAGUGCGUAUGUAGUAUGCAUGUAUCACAUAUGUAGUAUGCAUGUAGUGUAUGUGUAGUAUGCGUGAGCAUGUAGUGCACACGUGCUUGCAUGUAUGUAGUGUAAGUAGUAUGCAUGCAUGUAGCGUAUAUGUAGUAUGCAUGUAGUGCAUGUGUAGUAUGCAUGAGCAUAUAGUGCAUGUGUAGUAUGCAUGUAUGUAGUGUGUAAGUAGUAUGCAUGUAUGUAUCGUGUAUGUAGUAUGCAUGUAUGUAGUGCAUGUGUAGUAUGCGUGAGCAUGUAGUGCACGUGUAGUAUGCAUGUAUUAGUGUGUAAGUAGUAUGCAUGUAUGUAGUGUGUAAGUAGUAUGCAUGUAUGUGGUGUGUAAGUAGUAUGCAUGUAUGUGGUAAGUAUGCAUGUAUGUAGUGCAUAUGUAAUGUGCAUGUAUGUAGCACAUAUGUAGUAUGCGUGUGGUGCAUAUGUAGUAUGCACGAGUAUGUAGUGCAUGUGUAGUAUGCAUGAGUAUGUAGUACACAUGUAGUAUGCAUGUAUGUAGUGUGUAGUGUGCAUGUAUGUGGCACAUAUGUAGUAUGCGUGUGGUGCAUAUGUAGUAUGCAUGAGCAUGUAGUGCAUGAGGGUGAGCAGGCAGAACAACAGUUGGUGUUUGUUUGAAGACAGUUUGAAUGGUUGUUCUAGAAGCUGCUGUUGCCAGUGCAAACAGCAAAGCGUUUCUCAAGCGGUUUGUCUCACAGCCUCUGGUUCAGAGAAGCUCACUGGUCCUUGUUUGUAGAGAGCAACUUGUAUAAGGCACAAAAAUGUUGAAAUCCGCUUAACAUUGUUCUUCAAACAAAAAGGACGCAGAAGGGGGUCACAGUGGCUGGACCAGUCCCCAGCAACCCCAUCUCCCUUCUUCAGAGACAGUUGAUAAAGAAGUCUGGGAGUUCUCUCAAUCCACUCAAAAUAAGUCCUUGAUUUUACUGGCUACGAUUUGCAAAAAUCAUUCCUAACUCUUGCUUGGUUGAAACACAGAAGGCGACAGAACACCCCUAACUUGAAGCCUGAUGACUUUGCUCCAAUGUUGUUGGGUUUGUGGUUUAAGGAGCUGGGAUUUCGGAAUCCUUUGAGCCUUUGUAUAAUGUGCACAAAGGAUCUGUCGCUGUAACUGUCAAGGCGCCAGUGUUUCUGCCUGAAACACAUUCGUGUCCUUUUUCUGUGCUUAGUGAGCUGGAAUAAAGGCUACCGCGGGCCUGGCCACCAGGACUGCCCACAGGAACCCGUGGGGCAGAAUUCCAAGUAGCUGGACGGCCACGGUGGUGUGAGGGCGUGAGUGUUAGUGUGGCCUUGUGAAGGAGGUCUCCAGCCCAUGGCCGGGGCACAGCAAAAGAGGAGGAGGUUAGUGAGACCGUGGGUGAACUGCUCCCUGUUGCCGAAUGCUGGUGGCGUGCACUGCCUUCUCCUGAGACGCCCACCCUGCUGCCCGAUGUCCAUGCUGCGUGGGACCAGAGAGGCCCCUGGCUGUCCUGGUCAGGGGCAGAUGGCUCUGAGCCAGCGGUUAUGCAACCAGGGGAACGCUUCUGGGAUCCAGGCCCUUCUGCUGAUUGAAAUGCAGGGAACCAUCCUCCUCGCCCCGGCUUGGCACAGGCUGCCCAGCUUUUGUUCCAUGUGUCAAUAGUUCUUGCUGGAAGCCCCUCACCCAAAGACCCGCGCCCCCAGCGGCAGGACGACCGUGGAGGUAAGCGGGCAGACAGACGGUAAGCCCCUGGGGACGUCCUCCAUGACCUGUGCAGCACUUGGCGUUGCAGUCCCCAAGUCCCUAACGGGGGCUGAAGUGCCCGGCUCAGUGACGGUUUGAAGUGGAAGCCUCGGCUGGCCCAGCGCGGACCCCGCGGGCCAUCCUCCCUGGAGAGGGACUGGGCUUGCUUAGCGCUAAGCCCGCCGUCGUCGUCACAUCUGCAGCUCCCCAGUGCCAACAGAAAACGUGUCUCUGGAGAAGAGUCCGGGACGGAGCUGCUUCGGCGCAGUGUCGCACGGUCGCGGUGCCCACAGCUCCAUGACACGGGAGGAGCCGUUCCGGGAGGACCUGGGCUAUGACCGCAUGCCCACGCUGGAGCGGGGGCGGCCAGACCCAGGGAGCUACGGCCCCGACACCAAGCCCGGCGACCUCCAGCUGUCGAGAAGGCUGCCCUCGUGCUUCAGCUACAAGACACGGGUCUUCUCUGUGCUGAUGGGGAGCUGCCUUCUUGUCACCUCGGGGUGCUCGCUGUACCUGGGGAGCGUGUUCCCCUCAGAAAUGGACUACCUGCGCUGUGCGGCCGGCUCGUGCAUCCCCUCAGCAAUUGUGAGCUUUGUGGCUUCCAGGAGGGACAUCAAUGCGAUCCCCAACUUCCAGAUACUGUUUGUUGCCACGUUCGCUGUCACAACGACCUGCUUGAUCUGGUUUGGAUGCAAACUGGUCCUGAACCCGUCGGCAAUAAACAUAAACUUCAACCUCAUCCUGCUGCUCCUGUUGGAGCUCCUCAUGGCAGCCACGGUGAUCGUCUCCGCCCGGUCCAGCGAGGAACUUCGCAGGAAGAAGAAGGGCGCCCUUCCUGAGAGCACCAGUCCGGGGGAAGAGGUGGCGUUCCCUGCUCGGGUCCUGAAGUCCUACUCAGUGGUGGAGGUGAUUGCCGGGGUCUCUGCUGUCCUUGGGGGGGUCAUAGCCCUGAACGUGGACGACGCAGUCUCGGGCCCACACCUCUCUGUGACCUUCUUCUGGAUCCUGGUGGCCUGCUUUCCAAGUGCCAUUGCCAGUCACGUGACCGCGGAGUGUCCCAGCAAGUGUCUGGUGGAGGUGUUGAUCGCCAUAAGCAGCCUCACAGCCCCGCUGCUGUUCACAGCCUCUGGGUAUUUGUCAUCCAGCAUAAUGAGGACGGUGGAGAUCUUCAGGGACUACCCGCCAGCCAUAAAAGGCCAGCUCUGCUCUGUCCUCCCAGCUCCGGCCGUUCUGCCUGACUCGCCACAGCCACCUGCCUCCUCCACAGGUGGUGAGGGUUUUCUCCGCCCUGAGCCUCCACUUGAGCUGAUUUCUUGGGCACAUCAAGUUUGAGGAGCACCCCCCACACACACACCAGGUGUCUGGUGGGAGCUGAGUUUGUGGAUCAGCUGCAGAAGUGGUGGAGCUGUGCCCAAGACCCGAGUGUGGUCAUGGCUGGAACCCGAGCCCCAGUGUGGUCACAGCUGGAACCGGCUUUCCUGGAGUUUCACGACUUGCCCUAUUCCCCUCUGCACCUGCUGUUUUGUAGACACUUUGCUUUUUUAUGUACCCAUUAUAAAUGGUGUUCCCCCCAAGGGUUUAUUAUGAUAAAUUUCCAACGUAUAGAACAGACUGAGCCCUGCAGGGGUUUGCCUUGUGUACCCUGUGUGUGUGCUGAGGGCUGAGUGUUGGAAGUGGCCUUUGCCCUUCAACACUGGCACCUCUAAAAGGGAGAGCAGUCCAGUGUCACACCCAGGACGGCCGAGGUUCUCAGGUGAUCUGGGAGCCCCGUGCCCGGGUCUGCCCGUUGGUCACCCCGGUCUCUUGCCCCACCUCCCCUUCCCGAGGCUGUGUCUGGGAGGUGGCACCACCUAUGGCUCUGGUCCUUUGUUCUGACGGGCACCUGUAGCCCAUGGUGUUGGGCUGUGGCUCUGCAAGCAUCCCACCCCAGUGGUCCUUGCUGGAAUCGCUCUCACCCCGGGAAGUGAAGGGACAGGCACACAUGCCACGGGAGGACAGCCCCAGGUCUGUCGAGUGACACCACAGAUCCAUGGGAUCAUCAGUAUUUUAGGUUUUCUUUCUUUCUUUUUUUUUUUUUUUUUUUGACAGGUGGAGUGGAUAGUGAGAGAGAGAGACAGAGAGAAAGGUCUUCCUUUUGUCGUUGGUUCACCCUCCAAUGGCCGCCACGGCUGGUGCCCCGCGCUGAUCCGAAGGCAGGAGCCAGGUGCUUCUCCUGGUCUCCCAUGGGGUGCAGGGCCCAAGCACCUGGGCCAUCCUCCACUGCACUCCCUGGCCACAGCAGAGAGCUGGCCUGGAAGGGGGGCAACCGGGACAGAAUCCGGCGCCCCGACUGGGACUAGAACCCGGUGUGCCGGCGCCGCUAGGCGGAGGAUUAGCCUAGUGAGCCGCGGUGCCGGCCAGUAUUUUAGGUUUUCUGAUGCUGAGCUGACCCUGGCCCUGAGGCCUGCUCUGCUGCCGUCUUUCCCAGCAGCCUCUGAACCUGCCCAGUGGACCUCAUUCUGUCCCUAGCCCUGGGCUCCGUGUGCCUGUUCCUGUCAGUAUCAUUGCCUUUCAUCCCUCUCAGUGGACAAACUGGGAAAUGGGGGUAUUUAGAUGUUUUCUUUUUCUUGAUGUUGGAGGUAGUGAGAGACACACAGAGACAGACAGAUCCUCCAUCUCUGGUCCACUCUCCAAAUGCGUGCCACAGCCAGGGCUGGACCAGGCUGAAGUUGGGAACCUGGAACUCGCUCUGGGUCUCCCACGUGGGUGGUAGGGGCCCAAGUUCUUGAGCCCUCGCUGCUGCCUCCCUGGUCUGCCUUAGCAGGAAGCCGUAGUCAAGAGUGGAACAGGAACCGGAACCGGAACCCAGGCACUCGAUGUGACAGCCUCCCCUUAUCGGGGAUAAUUUUAAAGAUCAUGAAUUUAUAUUAUUUCCAAUUCAAAUGGAACACUCUAGGUGCUUUUAUGUUUGCAUCUUUCUCUUUCUCCCAAAAUCUCACCUCCUGUAACAUUUAGUAUGUUUGCUACUUUAUUUCCUCUUAUAAUACAGAAUGCUCGAGGCCAGCCCUGCUAGAGUGCCCAUGGCCUGGAGGGCUGGGGCUCGGUGGUGGUCCCGUGGUGCUGGAGUUUCCUGCCGCUCAGGCCAGGGCUCCUCCUCCUGCCCCUCCCCUGCGGCUCACUCAGUCCAGGCUCAGCUGGGCCCUCUCUCUGCCGCUAUGCUGGGAUGGAGCUGUGGGAGAGUUUGGGUCCCAGUGCCCGGGACCCCUGCCCUCCAGAGCUCUCUGCCCGUCUCAGAAGCGUGACCCCUGCCACCACAUAACUGCAAGGCAGUCCCUUCGGCCUCGUCCGUCUUGGCGUGGCCAGGGCGGGCUUGCUGCCUCCCCCCUGACCCUUGUGGUGGCUGGAACGGGAAGGACCAAGAGAAGACUCGCAGACCUGCCGCCCACAGAGCCUGGUGGCCACCCAGGCCCCGCCCAAACCCCCUCCACGCCUGUGUAUCAAACCUAAACCAUCAGAACUGACCCCAGGAUGGACCUCACUUACCAAGCCAGAGUGUUGAAAUGAUAGAGCACACAGGGCUGCUGGGGUUCAGACGUGAGCGCAUGGUGGGAGGCAGCGCUCCUGCCUCCCUGGCUGGAGGGGUCUCCCUGACUGGAGGGGUCUUCCCUGACUGGAGGGGUCUCCCUGACUGGAGGGGUCUCCCCUGACUGGAGGGGCCUUCCCUGACUGGAGGGGUCUCCCUGACUGGAGGGGUCUCCCCUGACUGGAGGGGUCUCCCUGACUGGAGGGGUCUCCCUGACUGGAGGGGUCUCUCUGACUGGAGGGGUCUCCCUGACUGGAGGGGUCUCCCCUGACUGGAGGGGUCUCCCUGACUGGAGGGG